AUGAUCAUGACGAAACUGCCGAUGCUGCUUUCCAAUCUCCUAUGGUUUGCGAAUGUCAUCAGUGCCUUUCAAGUCGACACCGUAGUCGUCUCGCGUGGUGUUGUGGAGCCUUUUGGCUUCUUUGCUGCAGAAGAGAAUCUCACUGCCAAUUGUGUCUACGAUGACAAAAUCAUCCUCCGACACCCCUCCUCCUUGAAUGAAUCGGAUCGAUUCUAUAAUCUUGGGAAUGCCAUGCUCAAAGCCGCAACCAUUACGGUGGAUCGAAUCAACAAAGAUAAUUGUGGCGUGGUGGUUGGGGGGAGACGAUAUGCUAUAGAACUUCACAGUUACAGUGAUGAUUCCGACGGAGACAAGACAGCAGCAGUGACGAGGGCCAUUGUGAAUCAGUCCAAUUUUCUAUUGGCUGGUUACUCAACCACGCUGGCAAACAUUCAGAACCCCAUUGCCGAUACAAGCAACAGGAUUUCCAUCACUGCUGGAUCCUCCGGAGCUAGCGCUCAUGCAGCGAGCAGGCACGCCUUUGGAAUGCUGCCACCGAGUACAACCUACACCAAGAACGGGUGGUUGGCUCUCAAAGCAAAAGGGGCCAAGACAGCUGCCAUCGUUAAGGAUGAUAACCUAGUCGCUUGUGGCGAAGAUGAAGCUGCUUUUCAUGGAUUAGAACUGGUGUAUUACCAAGAAAACGCACCUGUCAACCAGACAUAUGAAGUACUUGAAGAAGCGGCAUAUCAAGUCUCUCUACUUGACCCCGAAGUCGUGUUUGUAUGCCUGCGUGGUGACCCUGCAGAUUGGGUCAAGGCAAUGAGGAAGCACGAUUGGACUCCGAAAGCUGUAAUUUGGGGUGGAGGAGGAAGAUUCGGUUCUGAUGACUUUGUGGAACGAGUCGGAAGCGACGCUCAGUAUAUCAUGGGGAUGGCAUCGUGGGACAAGAGUCUACCUCCGAUUAAAGAUGCCAUCACUGGCUGGGUACCAGAAGAAUUCUUUGAUUUUUUUCAAUCCGCUGCGGGCAUACCCCCAGCCUAUCAAUAUGUCGCACAAAGUGCUGCAAUUAGUAUUCUGCUUCAAGCCGCCGUGAAGGCCGGUUCCCUCGAUGAUACAGACGCAAUUCUUGAGAUCCUACAAACUGAAUCAUUCUCAACUGUCUAUGGCGAAGUGUCCUUUGAUGAAAAUGGGCAGAAUGAAGCGUCGUAUCCCUUGCUGCUGCAAUAUGACAUGAAUCGAACCCUGCAACUGCUGCACCCCGAGGAACUUCGCAGUGGCAACUUUGAGAUGGUCUAUCCAAUGCCAACCUGGAAAAAUCGUGACUGUACCAUCCUUUCUAAUUGUACGGAAACGGGAGGAGGAUGUGGAGUGGACGGGCAAUGCACUUGUCCAGAAGAAUCGAUUUCAAAGGGUAUCGGUGAAACAGCUCACUGUCGCUUGCCCCCACUCGAAGAAGACAUGACGUACAUUUCGGAUGGCUUGAUUCAUCUUGGAUGGGCGUUGGUGGUGAUCCAAGGAUUGGUAUCCUUGUUUCUCUUUGCUUGGACUUGCCGUUACCGUGAGACGAACAUUGUGAAAGCCAGUCAACCAUUGUUUCUUCACAUGGUCAGCUUUGGAUGCUGCGUCCUGUCUUGGACCAUUAUUCCAGCAUCCGUUCAGGGAGACUAUCGGUACCUUCAGGACCCAGAGACACGACAAGAGACCGACCUUUUGAAUGAUCAGAUUUCCAAUGCUGAUUUCGCUUGUAUGGCAGCCCCCUGGUUGUUUGGAUACGGGUUCAGCAUUGUAUUUUCAGCGCUCUUUGCCAAAAUCUACCGCGUUCGUAUGAUCGUAGCCAGUGCAGUGAGUUUCCGACGAACGCGAGUUCACGUUAAGGAUGUCAUGUAUAUUAUGGUAGGCAUCCUUGGAGGAGAAUCCAUCAUUCUUCUCCUUUGGAGUCUCAUCAGCCCACUUACUUGGGAGCGAGAAGUCAUCCUCGGAGACGAGUAUGGACUGACCCUGAUAUCGUCUGGGCGGUGUGUCUCUGACUAUUCAUUGGUGUUUCUGCUGAUCUUUUUGGGCUUCAAUCUCUUUAUUCUCUUUUACGCCUUGGUGCUAUGCUACUUGACUCGCACCUAUCCUUCCGAGUUUGCCGAGAGUCGAUGGAUCACGGCUUGUGUGAUUUCGUAUAUGCAGAUUCUUUUACUCGCCGUGCCUAUACUUGCAAUUGUGGAAGGGAACAACAACGUUGCAUUCUUUGGGCGAGCAGCUAUUGUCUUUCUCAUGUCAAUGUCAGCCUCUCUCUUGGUAUUCGGGCCUAAGAUGUACGCUUUACACUAUACGAGGAGCGAACAGGACGAAGCAGAUCUAGUGACGCGGUCAAAGAUCUUUGAUCGGAUGUCGGCAGCAGUAUCACAGAAAAAUAGCGACAGGAACGACGCAACGGUAUCAGGUCUCAAUCAGAAUGGAAAUCGACACAGCAGAGACUCGUCUAGCUCCGCGGGAAUGCCAAAGAACUCUUGGGCCAUGGUUGGCUACGAAGAUUCGGAAUUCAUAUCUAAAUCAAUUACAGGAUCUGCCUUUUUCAAAUCAAGCAAUGAUUCUACAUCCGACCAAUCGACAGAACCACCGACUAAGAGGUCUGCAUCUAUCUCUCAGAUCGAGCCAAUUGAGGAAGGGAGGAACGAACAAGCACCUUCCAGUAAAAGAUCGCAAAGCGAAAAAGUAGACAGUUCCACUCGAUCCAAUUCGGCAAAUUCAGUCGAUGUUUGGGUUGAGGCUGCUUCGGACAGUAAGCCUCAGCGGGAUAGUGCAAGCUCUGGUGCGGAUGCUACUUGA